UUCCUCCUAAUUAUAUACAUUCAUAAUUCGCUAUGACUUGUAAGAGAUGGGCAACAGAGGAAAUGUAAGAAAUCAACAAGGCAUCGAUAUUGGUGGAAACAAUGGCUAAUACACAGAUUUUCCAUGAUAUUUCAAAGUUAUGUCCAGUGUGUUUGAACCUGGACGAAGAUCGGUCUUUACACAAUAGAGAGUGGGAACCAUGUUUUACUUACCAAGCAGCCAGUCUGUUUGCGUUAAGAUUCAAGAUGUCGGACAUGCAAGAGACUGCCAAAUCUGGCUGUAAAACUUGCUCUCUCAUUAUUCAAGGCUUCGAAGUCACGGGCCGCGAAAAUCGAAACAUGAUUACACUACAGCAUUACGAAGGUCGCAUUAUUACUCUGAAAAGCUUCCCUCCUGAGGUAGAGGUCGGCAUCCAACUAGGGCGCGCGAUGAGAACGACAAUCACCAAAAGCCCGAUCAGACUGCAAUUCUAUCAAGUACCAGGGACAAAGCCCCAUGAAAGGUUCGGAUUUGCCAAUGAUGUUGCCCCAGAGCUCUCGGUCGAGGUGUGCGCUUCGAAAGCUCUCCGCUGGAUUCGAACGUGCUCUGAGUCCCAUGAACUAUGCGCCAAGAGAUAUCUGGGAACAAGUAGACUACCUACACGCUUGCUGGAUCUUGAACAAGGAUCUGAUCUCUCCGUUGUUCUGAUUGAUAGCGACAAGCAUUGCGAUAGGAUUAAGAGAUACUCAACCCUCAGUCACUGCUGGGGAGCAGUUCAACUCAUUCGAACCACUCGUCAAGUACUUACGCAACAUUACAAAGGUAUUCAAUGGGAAAGCCUUCCCAAAACAUUCCAAGAUGCAAUUGCUGUCUCUAGGGCUAUGAGCAUUGGUUUCAUAUGGAUCGAUUCACUUUGCAUCAUUCAGGACGAUGAGCUCGACUGGAAGAGAGAAUCAGUCCGUAUGGCGUCAAUAUACUCUAAUGGCUAUAUCAAUAUUGCUGCGACCAAUGCAUCAGAUAGUCGCGGAGGUUGCUUUUCUCCCCGGCACGUCUUAUGGCAAUUUGAGCCUACUUCUACGCAGUCGCAUUCCAUUAUGCUUGACGGCUUGCAUGGAUCAUACGAGAUACAUGCUCGUCCAUCGUUGAACUCGGCUCACUUACGGUAUACAGCUCGUAGCUCUUUCGAUGUGAAUCCUGAAGAAUUGGGGGCCACACCACUAUUAACAAGAGCUUGGGUGUUUCAAGAGAGGUAUCUGGCACCACGUACACUGCAUUUCCAUCCAUCCGAGAUGGUUAUGGAGUGCAAAAGCGGGCUCUUUUGUGAGUGUGGAGGACUCGACAACAUCCCGAGAGGUUUGAGUGAUGGACUUACGCACUUGGAAGAUAUGGAUCACGAUGAAAUUCUCAAUCACUGGUUUGAGGCCGUGGAAACAUUCACCAAGUUACGUUUAACAUACCAAUCAGAUCGAUUGCCGGCUUUGAUGGGAAUUGCCACAUUAUUUCAGCAAUAUCUCAAAUGUAGAUAUCUUGCGGGACUCUGGUCGACUGAUUUGGCGAGAGGGCUGCUCUGGGACCUGACACGUUACCGACGGACAGAUUCCCACCGAAAUUAUCGACGCAAUAAGCCGCCUCUAGCACCCACUUGGUCUUGGGCAUCCAUGAUACUUGAUAGCGAGGGUGCAGGAGUUGCAUUUCCUUUCGGAAGUGACCAUAGUUUUGAAGUUGACUGGCGAUUUGGAUACGACGACAUAGAUACUGGUAUUCCUAAGAUUGACACAACUACAGAGUUGGAGGCGAUUAGUGGAGCGAUUUGCAUAACCGGAGCAACUACUUAUGCGCUAUUGUCAAAACAGAGUUGCGACCAACUUAAAGAUGCAACGCUGUUAAUGGACUAUGAGUUAGAGGAUUUUAUUUGCAUUGUUACCGUUGGUAUUAACCUUGAUGCCGGUUUAGACAGUUCAGAGCCAUUCCUUCAAGAUGGCCUCGAAGUUUGUUGUCUGAUCAUAGGGACUAUUCUACUGCCUCUUGGCUUUCCGAAUAAAAUUGAAGAAUAUCAGAGAAGCGUUGGAAACAGACUGAUAUGUGGUGUAGCUCUAACACAUUCUCUUGUUUCAGCUGGUGCAUGGGAACGGAUUGGCUUGCUUCAAGCUGACGAGAGUAUAAUGUCUCUUGACGCAGCUCUUAUUACUAGCCUCAAGCUUGUUUAAUAUUCUACGGCUUGCAGUGAGGGACUACAAAAUCCUUCAGCGAGGUUGCGCAUUACACUUUUAGAAGUAUGAAAAAUUGGGGUGAUUUCUUCUAAUGUCACUUCACGGACUGAGAGAUGGUAUGAUAGCACUCCGCGUAGUAAGCCUUCUUAUAACAAAAUGAAGACUGUCACAAAG